AUGCGACGGGCGCGACGCGCGCGCGGAAGGGAGGACGCGGAGGAGGGGGAGGCGCCGCGCGCGAGCGACGACGGCGCGAGCGAAGACGUCGGGAUCGACUGCGCGCUGGUGUUCGACGAAGCGAGCGGGACGUUCACGCUGGAGGCGGUGGACGGGGAGAUAGGAAAUCUGAGGAUCGCGCGGGAGGACGCGGAGGACGUGGGCGCGGGAGAGUUGACGACGAAGACGGAGGAGCGACGCGCGGCGGCGGCGGCGGCGGCGGCGAGCGCGGCGGCGCGAGACGCGCGCGAGGGCGCGGACGCGAACGGCGAGCGCGACGUCGUCGACGCGCUGCCGUCGUCGAAGAAGAAACCUAGGAAGACGUAG